GCACCGGCUCUGGUCGAACAGAUGAGUGGCUCACGCGCGCCGCGUUUAAUAUCCUUCGUGCAGGCGUCAGUUGAUCUUCGGCUUCCACUUUGCGAAGUUUAGCAUUUACCAAGUGCACACAUACUUAAUGACAGUUGUUAAACGGUUAUAAGUAUUCCGCAACUUUUUUUUUUUUGUCUUCAUAAAUAUAAUUUACACAAACGGAGCACACGUUUUUCGUACGUUCAGACCAGCGGCGGCAAACACGCAUCGAACUUUCGCAGUUUCUUGCAUAACGGAAAAUUUCUUUCUACGCUCAACAGGACAACAUGAACUGUAAACUGGUCGUGCUCGUGGCGGCCGUGUUGGUGGCGGCGUCCGGCUUUGCGUUAGCGUCGCCCGUGAAGGAACGUCCCGGAGAGGACGACGAGGUGGCCAUGACGGCCGUGGCGCAGGACGGCGGUGACGGCGGCGGCGGCAACAACAGGGUUACGGCGGCUCAGCGACACCGGACGGAAGAGGCGACCGCCGCCGACGAGCCGGAACGGCCGACGAAAACGUCCAAGUCGGCGGCGCACAAGCAGCACAACGCCAAGCUGCUGAACCGGCUGGGAAUGAAGCGGGUGCGGACCAACGAAAACCAUCACCGGAAACGGUUGGCCAGCCAGUCGAGGAGCAAGUACGCGGCCAACAGCAAGGGUGGCAUGGAUUCGCAGAUGUUCAUGGUCAAGUUGCCGCCCCACGCGUACUUCUACGACGAGAGCCAACAGUUCAGGCAACACUACUCGCCCAACGGCGGCGGCGCCAACGUCAACACGCUUCCGGUGGGUUUUGUGUCCAACGGCAAGCCGGCCAAGGUGUACCACUGGAACCUGCCGACGGUGAAGAAGGCGCUACAGGGCCGGUACAAGAGCAACGACGUGCUGUACGCCGACUUCGAGCCGUCGGCGUCCAAGAUCGUGCCGCGCCGGACGCUUUACUACAAGCCCAAGGCGGCCGGCAAGCCCGUCAAGAAGUCGUUCGUCAACAACGGCAAGCCCAACGGGUUCUACGUAGUGAGCAGAAACAGCGGCGCGGUACAACCACCGCAGUACCACAAAAUCGUCAAGACUUACUACGGCAACGACGACUGAAUGCCGAUGCCGCAGUGGCGUGACCUCUCCCCGUCCAAAAAAAAAAAAAACACAA